AUGAGCAAACCCAGCGCGGUCCUGAGGGCGGUUAUUUAUGGGCUGAGGAGCGUGAAGAUGGAGCAGCGCAAGCUGAACGACCAGGCCAACACGUUGGUGGACCUGGCCAAGACCCAGAACAUCAUGUACGACAUGGUCUCGGAGCUGCAGGAGCGCAACGAGGACCUGGAGAAGCGCAUCAGCGCGCUGGAGGGGAAGCUGGGAGGCGCUGGGCUGAGCCUGCUGGCGCUGCCGGCGCUCGUCAGCCAAGCCAUCGGGCAGCAGCAGCGUGAGCUGUUGGGGAGCUGGGCCCCCCGUCUCUGCCCCGCCACCGCCCCCUGCACCCCCGCCCGCCACCGCUCCCCUUCCACAGCCCCCCACAGCUCCUCGGACAGUGGGUGA